UCAACACUUGCGUUUACUAUAUAAGAUAUCUUCUAAGAUUUCUACAGUAGUUGGUCUCCUACCAUCUUAUACUGUAGAUAGUUGUCCAACAUGUCGCGAAGUGUGUCAGAUAUACUGUAUCUCUAUGAUCGUCCAUCGGAACCAAUAUUUGUCCCACGUGGCAAUAACUCAACCACAUUCAACGUUCCACCAAGUUAUUUAGUGGAAAGAUAUCAAUCUGUUCCAUCGGUUUUGUCCCGGGUUGGUGAUGAUGUCCCAAGAAUUGCUGUCAAUACAAUAAAUGUACCGUCACUCGGCAUAGCAACCAAUUUGGCUCGCACAGAGAAUUUUUCUCUCUUCAUGCCGAGCCACCGCAAAAUGGCUGGACGUCUAAUUGAGAUUCUACUGGGAAUGGCAACUUAUGAUGAUUUUCUAUCAGCAUCAGUUUUUUGCCACGAUCGAAUCAAUCCCCAAAUGUAUAUUUACUGUUUGUCCGUUGCUAUUCUGCAUCGACCAGAUACUAGAGAUCUGCCAAUACCUGCCUUGUGUGAAGUCUUCCCAGACAAGUUUGUAACAAACGGAAUUUUUGCACAAGUACGAGAGGAAGCAAACCUUGUUGCAUCUGGCUCAAGGAUGCCAAUUGAAAUCCCUCGAGACUACAGUGCAUCUGAUUUAGAUGUGGAGCAGAGACUUGCAUAUUUCCGUGAAGAUUUGGGUAUCAAUCUACACCACUGGCAUUGGCACUUAGUCUAUCCACCUUCUGGGCCAAUGCAAAUAGUUAACAAAGAUAGACGUGGCGAACUUUUGUACUACAUGCAUUCACAGAUUAUGGCUAGAUAUAACUUUGAACGAUUUUGCAAUGAUCUUCCACGUGUAGAACGUUGGAACAGGUGGCGCGAACCAAUUGCCGAAGCUUAUUUUCCCAAACUGGAUUCGUUUGUAUCUAGUCGUGCUUGGCCUGCCCGUCCAGCUAAUUCAAAGCUGAAGGAUGUUAAUCGCACAAUUGAUCAACUUCAAUUUGACAUAGAAGACCUGGAAAGAUGGAGAGAUCGUAUUGCUGAGGCAAUUUCAACUGGAUCUGUAAUAAAUGAGAGAGGUCAAACUGUACCACUGACAGAGAAGGAUGGUAUAGAUGUAUUGGGAAACCUCAUGGAAGCUUCUGUUCUUUCUCCAAAUUUUAAUUAUUACGGUGAUUUGCACAACUAUAUGCACAUAGCACUAUCAUUUGUACAUGACCCGGAUCACAGAUAUUUGGAAUCCUUUUCACCUAUUGGGGAUCCCGCUGUCACCAUGAGAGACCCUGUGUUUUAUCGUCUACAUGGUUGGGUAGAAUCCAUUUUUCAACUGUAUAAAGGGACGCUCCCUCCAUAUACAGUGGAACAAUUGAAUAACCCAGGAGUUGAUGUAACAGGUGUGGAAGUGGUUACAGAGAAUCAGUCAAAAAACAUAUUUCAUACCUUCUGGCAGCAGAGUGACGUUGAUAUGUCGCGAGGCUUGGAUUUCAUACCCAGAGGUUCUGUUUUCGUAAGGUUCACACAUUUGCAGUAUACUCCAUAUAUUUACAGAAUCCAGGUAAAUAACAAAAGUGGAACAAACAAAAUAGGAACCUGUAGAAUAUUUCUGGCACCAAAGCAAGAUGAGCUCGGUAGACCUAUGGUUUUCACAGAUCAAAAAAAUAUGAUGAUCGAACUGGACAAAUUCACCGUAAACUUAAAACCUGGAGUCAACACCAUUGAGCGUAACUCGACUUUGUCAUCUGUAACAAUUCCAUUUGAAAGAACUUUUAGGAAUUUGACUGACAAUGUUCCAACUGAUGUUAAUAAGCUUGAUGCUUUUAACUUCUGUGGUUGCGGUUGGCCUCAGCACAUGCUUCUUCCAAAAGGAACUGAAAGUGGCUAUGCGACAGAACUUUUUGUUAUGAUUUCCAACUACGACAAUGACAAGAUCGAACAAGAUGUAGGUGGACAGUGCAGUGAUGCUGCCAGUUUCUGCGGAAUACGAAACAAAAAGUAUCCAGAUGCUCGAGCAAUGGGGUAUCCAUUUGAUCGUCUACCACGUAAUGGUGUUAAUACUUUAUCCCAAUUUUUGACACCAAAUAUGAGAACUGCCACCGUGCAAAUACGUCAUACAAAUUCCAUCUUACGUCGGCCAAAUCAACUGACUGCUAAUCCAUCCGUAACAAGGACUUAGCUCUUGUAGAAGUGUGUAUAUCUAUCUCGGAAAUACAACCGUUGAUGUUAUACGUAGAAACCACAACAAGAAUAAUUAUAUAAUAAUAGUAAUCUAUAUAUAAUUUCAUUUCAUUUAUUAUGACCGAUUUUUAUGUAAACAACUACGUUUAAUCGAAUAGAACAUAAUCACAGUAUACUUAAUACAAGAAAUCGCGCU